AUUUACACAAUAAUCACCAAAUACCUAUUGGCUUUGUGAAGUCAAGAUGUGGAGGUGUGCAGUGUUCUUAGUAUGUAGUGUAGUGGUCGUGGCAUGUUCCGAAGAUUGGCGCAUUGUGAACAUCGAUCAGGGUCCGGUCCGAGGAUACUUGCACCCUGAUCGUACUUAUUACAGCUUCUAUAACAUACCGUAUGCUACUGCGCCUACUGGGACCGAUAGAUUUAAGGCUCCUCUUCCACCACCAGUAUUUCUAUCGACUUUCGAUGCUGUGAACCGGAAUAUAAUAUGCCCACAGCCCUUUGGAACCUUGCAAAUGCAAGAAGACUGCUUAGUUGCCAAUGUGUUUGUCCCUAAUGCAGAAGCUACUAAUCUACCUGUCCUAGUAGUGGUACACGGAGGAGCUUAUCAGCUGGGACACGGCUUAGCGGAAAACUUUCAGAACUUUGUAAGGGAAAAGCAUCUGAUUUUAGUUACAUUUAACUAUAGGCUCGGUGUGCAUGGAUUUUUAUGUCUGGGUACUGAAGGAGCUCCCGGCAAUGCUGGACUCAAGGAUCAGGUGGCUUUACUUCGCUGGGUGAACAGAAACAUCGCCAGCUUCGGAGGUAAUCCUGAUGAUGUGACACUAGCAGGCUGCAGCGCUGGAUCUGGAUCCGUAGACUUCCUAACUAUUUCUAGUCUCACGCAAGGCUUGUUUAAAAAAGCUAUCUUGGAAAGUGGCAUUAGUACGGGCGCUACAGGUACACAAAUCGAUGCUAUUCAAAAUGCUAAAGAUUACGCAAAGGUGUUGAAUUUUAAUGAUGUUGAUGAUUUGGAUAAGUUAGAAGAAUUCUACAGAACCGCAUCAUUUCAACUUUUAACGUCACGUGUUGAUCAAAUUAUUAACAAUCCCGAUGUUACGACUCGGUUUGCUCCGUGUGUGGAAAGAGACAUUGGUCAAGAAAGAGUAAUUAUGGAUUCGCCAAUGAACAUCAAAACUGGAGGCAAUUAUACAAAGGUACCUUUGCUAUAUGGAUUUACUAAUAUGGAAGGCGCCAUGAGACUACCAUCCUUUGAUGACUGGAAAGUUCGAAUGAAUGAUAAAUUUUCAGACUUUUUACCAGCUGAGUUGCAUUUUGAAAGCGAAGAAGUAAAAGAAGAAGUUGCACAGAAAGUAAAACACUUCUAUUUUGGAAACGAUCCCGUGAGUGAAGAAAAUAUUGUGUCAUAUAUACUAUAUUUUACGGACGUGUUAUUUUCAUAUCCCAUGUUACGAUCUCUAUCAAGCAGGGUGGAAGCUCUCGGUGAUACAAUUUAUUUAUUUGAGUACUCAUUUGUGGAUGAAGAUACGCCGAGCUUUCCGCAUACACAAGUUCGAGGGGCGGAUCACUGCCAUCAAUUUGUCGCAGUCAUGGAUUAUGAUGUUUCUCACAGAACUGACGAAUUCAAGCGCAUGCAACACCUUCUUAGAGAAUAUUGGAUUAGUUUCAUAAAGAACGGUUCUCCAUCGUCAAGUAACUUAAGUUUACCAACGUGGAUCCCCGCUAACUCUGCCAGGUCUCCACACCUGUCUUUGGGUCCAGUUAUACAACUGAAGGAUGACAUUCUAGAGGGUAGGGCUGAAUUCUGGGAUGCUAUAUACGACGAAUACUAUCGAGGCCCUGUAAUACCUUCUCCAGAACCUGAAUCUGAACCUGCAACUGACGGCGCCGUCACACAAAUGAUCUCAAAUAUUUUAUAUGUAGCUGUAAUAUUAACUAUUUAUUUAGCUUUGUAAAACAUGUUCAUGCCUGUUUAGGAUUUAAGUUUUAUGUUAUCGAUUAAACUAAUUUUAUUUUU